AUGGGUUACGCUAUUCACGGGCUCGAAAAACAUUGCUUCGGUUUGUUCUCUGAGAUGAUAGAAAUGGGAUUCGAACCGAAUAAAAGCACAUUCGUUUCGAUUUUAUCGGCCUGUAGCAUAACCGGCAAUGUGGACAAAGGUUGGAAAUAUUUCGAUUUAAUGAAGAGAGGAUUUGGGAUUGAUGCAGAAAUUGAACAUUAUGGAUGCAUGCUCGAUUUAUUAGGUCGUGAGGGCGAUUUCGACCGUGCAAAGAGGUUCAUAGAGGAAAUGCCACUAAAACCGACUAAACGGAUAUGGGGUUCUCUACUGUCUGCAAGUCGACAUCAUAAAAACAUCGAACUUGCUGAGCUGGCAGCAGAGAAAAUAUUCUCUUUAAACGAUGAUGAUGAUAAUACGGGAUGCUACGUGCUGCUUUCGAACCUUUAUGCCGAAUUAGGAAGAUGGGAAGAUGUCGAGCGGAUUAAAAAAUUAAUGAAAAAACGAGGCUUGGUGAAAACCGCAGGAUUCAGCACGGUCGAGCAAAAUGGUAAAGCGUGCAAUUUCGUAAAUUACGACAAGUCGAAAAACGAGAGUGGCGUUAUAUAUGAAGUUCUCGAUAUUUUAUCGAGAAAGAUUGGCGAGGAGGAGGUGUGUUCUUGCAAUGUGACUUUCAAGUUGCCGGAUUUGGUGAAAAAGAGAAAAGACCGUCCGGCGAAUCACAGUGUGAGAUUGGCUGUUUGUUUCGGGUUGAUCGGGACAGCUGUCGGCGACCCAUUGGUCGUUAGAAAAAACGUGAGAAUGUGCAGAGACUGCCAUGGCGCGAUGAAGAAGAUAUCGCAUGUUACGAACAGGGAAAUAGUUGUUGGGGAUUCGAAAAUGUGGCAUCGUUUAAAGGAUGAUCGAUGCUCGUGUGGAGAUUACUGGUAA